AUGGCAAAUGACUCAUUGGUAGAUUAUUUGCCCCUGCGCGUAGCUGCGGCCCUGGUGGUUGGUUCCGUUGUGACCAUCAUCUCUGGCGUCGCGGGCGGCUGGUGCUUCAAAUUAGGAGCGGGCUUUCCGCUCCUGAGACAAAAACCUGAAGGGACCGCGCUGCAAAGUGCAGCGGCGGCUGCCACUGCCGCUCCAGUUUCCACGCCACUGGCUAACAAGGCUGAGUGGCCCCCGCAGCACCGGCUCAAUGGGCCUGUGAUCAGGCAGCCAUGGGUUCGGGGAGACAAAGAAGAUCCCUGCGUGCCCAAGUCACACGAGGUGCAACCCAGAGGUGACUAUGUAUACCACCCCAGCGAUAUGGAGAAGGAAUGGAUGGAUGGGGCUCGUUUUGGGAAAAUCUGCCCAACGGCCGCAAAGCAAAGGGACCUGGCAACGACAUGGACGGGAUACACGUCCUCCAUUUUCAAAUCCAACCAGAAACCUUCGAGACAACCCACAGAGAAGGAAGCCAGCGUCCUGUCAUACUUCGAAUAUCCACAACCAGAUGGCACGCACGUGAAACGCUACAUCGAACCCUUGCAUGGAACUGCCCGACAUCCUGGCGCAGUAUGUGGCGGUCACGACAUGAUGGACCUGAAAUAUUUGCUGCCUGAAAAUGCCUGCACUGAAAGUGGCAACAGAGUGAACGGUGUGUUUCUGGACCUUGGCUCCGGGACCAGUGUGGAGGGAUUUGGGAAGGGCAUCUAUUAUGACAAGGGCAGCGGCGGAGGAGGAACCAUCCCCCUUUUCUACCGGAUGUACGCCGAUCGCUGCAUCGACUUCAAGGCGAUCUACGCCUGGGAGGUGCAAGGGAUUGACCACAAGAAGUUCUGGACACCUUUGCCGGACGAAGUUCGAGCCCAACUGCGUCUCUACAACGCGCCCGUUUCUGAAAAGGAUUGUCCUGACUCGCCUCAAGGAAAUUUCGCAGAGCGAGGAAGCUUCUUGAGGCUGUUGAAGUCCGCAGUCACCGUGGAUGACUAUGUCGUGGUGAAGGUGGACAUUGAGGGGGGCCCUGAGCUGAAUAUCGUGGAGUCCAUCGCCCACAUCCCAGAGCUGUCCGAACUGGUGGAUGAAUUGUAUUUCGAGUAUCAUUUCCGAUUUUGGGAGAUGGCAAAAUAUUGGGGCGGCGGCAACUGGGGGGGACGCUUCACCGAGAAGCUCGGAAGUUUCUUAAGGCUCUUGAAGUCCACAAUCACCGUGGAUGACUAUGUCGUGGUGAAGGUGGACAUUGAGGGGGGCCCUGAGCUGAAGAUCGUGGAGUCCAUCGCCCACAUCCCAGAGCUGUCCGAACUGGUGGAUGAAAUGUAUUUCGAGUAUCACUUUAACUUUAGCGAUGUUCCAAAUCAUCCUUGGGAUUCGAAACCGAAACAAUAUGGUGGAGACUUGCCUGAAAGUACGAGUAAUCCUGGGUGGAACUCUGCGCGGGACCGAGACGACCUGGUGACUGGUGAUCUGCUUGCUGAUGCAUCCUGUUCCGGAAUGGUGGACGUGCCACAGCGCUACAGCAACCGUGAACUGAUCGAAGAAGGAGAUCGACUUCGUGAUGACGUCGACUUCAUGACUAGGCUCCGUCAAGGCCGUUUGAAGCGCUUGAGGGAAGAACUGCGCCGCCACAAUGUCACGGCGGCAGUGAUUUUUGAUCCAAUCAAUGUAAGGUAUGCUGUAGACUUUCGCAGUAUGAUUCCGUUCUAUCUGCGUAAUCCCACGCAGUACCUGGUGGUGCCCACCAACGAAAGUGCUAAGUGUCUCCUCUUCGCGGGAUCCUUUGGUUCCGACGCCUUGUUGGAAGCCUUCAAUGGAUCGCUGGAGUUUCAUCCAGCCAUAGGUGCUACCAUGGCUUCGGCUGGUCCACGUGAAAAUGAGAAGAUCGAUGACUGGGUGAAUCAAAUGGAUGAGAUUCUGCGUCCACUGGCAGAGACGAGUCCCUUCGGCAAGCGCAUCGCCGUGGAACGCUUCCAAGAAAGGGCAAUGCGUGGGCUGCGAGACAGAGGCUCGGGAUUUUUGGGUUUGGGCUUGAGUUCCUUGAGGAUGACCGUGAAACUGGACCUCCCUUUCCAAUCUUUCGGAGACGUGUUACUUCAGAGUGUCUAUUUGGAUCAGUAUCUUUGCAUGUUGUGA